AUGCGCUUCAUCCAUCUCCUCCCCCUUCUUCCCGCGCUCGCUGCGGCGCAAGAGCAGGUCCCCCUCGCCGAUCGCGUUCAGGGUUGGUUCAACAAGGCCAAGUCCUAUCUGCCGACCGCCACCCCGGUCAUCCCCGCCGUCGAGAAGAUCGUCGAGCCGAAGAAGGUCCUCCAUGAGAAGACCGUCACCCCCUUCAACCUGACCAACUACCAGUCCAUCCUGGAGCCCUCCGCCGAGCCUCAGGACUGGCUGGUAUUUGUUACCGGAGGCAACAAGACGUGUUUCGGACGCUGUGGUCGUGCCGAGAAGUCGUUCAAUGAAUCCGUCCGCCUGUUCUCGGCCGAUCCCACCUCCCCCAACCUCGGCUACCUCAACUGCGAAGACAACCAGGUGCUCUGCUCCGCCUGGUCCGCCGGCGCCCCCGCCGUCUGGUACUUCCAGGUUCCCCAGGCCCAGCCCGACGAGGCGCGUCCCGCGACCGCUCUCCACACCGUCUACAUCAACUCCACCACCGUGACCCCCGAGACCAUCUACAAGGUCCACUCCGAGAAGACCUACGAGCAGAAGCCCGCCUACGAGGGCGCCUUCCACCCCACGGACGGCUUCCUGGCGCAGAACGGCCUCCUCAUCCCUGCCGGCUAUGUCAUCUACGCUUUUGGCGCCAUUCCCAGCUGGGUCUUCAUGAUCGGCAUCAGCUUUUUCAGCCGGACUAUGAUGAGCCGUCGUCUCGGAAACGCCGGAGCCCCUGCUCGUUCGUAA